UUCAAAAUGGCGGAAAGUUUAAGAUCCGUCUUUCUGAUCUGUCUAUAAAAAUAUUCUUUGGUGUCUUUUUCUAUAUUAUCGAUCUGUUGACGUGAAUUAUAAUUUUAGCUGUGAUUAUAAGAAGACGUAAUGGCAGGGGCGAGACAAAACCUGUUUAAAUGGAACCGACAGACAAAUCCUAAGACGUACUCCGGACGAAGCGAGGUACAGGAUUGGAUCAAGAGGGUACAGAGAGAAUCAAGUCAAGCUGCCAGGGAAGUGUUUGGAAACAAUUACCAAAGUGUUCUGGAACAAGUCCAUGUUGACGAUGAUGCAUUGGUGGAAGCACAAGAUUUAUUGGAUUCUUGGCUUCAUGGAAAGAAACACCAAGAUGAUCAUUUUAAUUUAGAAGUGAAAUUUAAGGAUGAAAAGUGGGCACAGCAAGCCAAACCCUUAGAACAGGUCACUAGAAACUCUGCUACUGAUGAUUAUCACAGUGAUUAUAGGGAUAUGCCAGAUCAGUUCUUACAGUCACCUGAAUGGUCAACAAGGAACAGUUACUAUAACAACCGGGCUCCUAAUGCUAUGGGUGCAGAAUAUGACGAAGACCUGAGUGAUGAGAUAUCAGUUCAGCAUAUACUGAGAGACAUGUUAGACAAGAAUGUUGUUGAAAAAGAGAUCUUGAAUGACUUAGGAUUUGAUGGCAGUAAAAAGAAAAAAGACCCAAGGCCCAAGAUGGAGCUCCGACAUAAACAGGUUAAAGAAAAAAGUCAAGCAAGACAGAAGGAUAUAGAAAAGAAAAGAAGAGAACACACAGCUCGUAAGCAAGCUGAAGCAGAAGCUCGUCAGCAGUUGCUGAGGGAGGAAAGAGAACAACAAGCAAAACUCAAAAGAGAAGAGGAACAAAUACAAAAAGAAAUGACAAAGAUCCGCAGAGCUAUGGAAGAGGAGAAGAAAGUUACUAAGGAAAAACUAGACAGUGAGUGGCGCAAAGACAAGGAAGCAGAAUUACUGGCUCGACAGUAUCUUGAGGAAGAGCAGAAAAAGAAGGAGCAGCAGCUGAGGAGGGAAGCAGAAGAAAAAGAGGAAAUGAGAAGAAUGCUGCUGGAGCAGAUGGAGAGGAAGGCAGCUCAAGAAGCUAGCAACAGUCUGAGGAUUCUCCAGCGACACUUCUCAGCGUGGUAUUCAGUUGUUGCAUCACAGAGGAUCAAAAUCGGAAAAGCAAAAGCUAUGUCUGACUGGCGUUGUAAACUCAGAGCUUGGAAUGCAUGGCUGGCCUAUGUUAAUCACAUCAGAUCUGAUAAGGAGGCUCGAACCAUCACCAUGGAGAUGAAAGAAAAGCACAGGAAGGAACAAUUGUCUUUGAAAUUUCAUCGUCGUCAUUUGUUGCUACGCUACCUUCGGGUAUGGCAACUGUGGGUGAAAAGAGAGCAAGAAAAAAGACAGCUUCAGGAAGAACACGAAAAAAAGACACAAAAGAUGGCAGCGUUACUGGAGGCAGCAGCUACUGGCAGAUUGUGGAGUGAGCGCGGGGGAAGCACUGGUAUGGGGCUGGAACUUCAAGACAUCGAAGAUGACAAAGAUGUGCAGAGCUCAAGCACUGCAAGGAAACUGGACGAAAUGUUUUCACAACCUACAAGGAUGGUCACCCAGAAACAUUCCACAACAAAUCUUAAAGAUACAGAGGAGGUUUCAUCAAGAAAGACUAAACUUAGUGAUAAACCACCAAUAAUUAAACCAGCUUGGAGCGAGCAACAGAAAAAGGAGCUACACAGGAAAGAAUUCCAAACAGGCAAAGAAAUUAGGAAUAAAUCAAAUCGACAACGCAGUUACAGUGAGGUGGAGAACAUUGAAACACUUCAUGCUACAAAUAAAAAUAGAGAAAAAGUGAGCAGUGAAGAUAAGAAAUCCUAUCCUGGUUUUUCAAAGAGUAAAUCUGAUGAAAGACUUGAUUCACAAGAGACGGAAUCUAGAGAACAUGUUUUAACAGGGCGGUCAGUUAGUAGUGCUUCAUUGGACAAUGGCAGAUCCUCUGUGCCUAAUAAAUACACUUCACGAGAAGCCGUUGUCAAAUCACAGAAGCCAACCACAAGACCGUUACAUCUGGCCAUGGAGGAACGGGCUCAGAAACGCCAAGAGCGAAAGAAAGUUUUGGACGAGAAAAAGAGGAAAGCGGAGGAGGAGAAACUGGAAUUUCUCAAAAAAGAACAAGAGCGUAAAGAGGCAGAACUAUUUGCCGAGAAACAAGAAGCGUUACAAAAGAGAAGAGAAGAGAAACGUAUCGCAAGAGAGCGAGAGCAAGAAAAACAACGACAAUUAGAACAUAACCGACAGCAGAUUGCCAUAGCAACCCAGCACUACACGUACGUCAUCCUGAAAAAGUACGGCUUGUCACCUUGGAGACAUCUCGUAGAGACGGCGCGGGAAAACUUGUCACGUGCAGUGUUACAUCAUAACAGAAUGUUGCUUACCAGCUGUUUCCAUCCGUGGUUGGAUUUCACGGAAAAAGCGAAUGAAGAGAGACUUAAGGCAGCUGAAGCAUUGCACCAACAUAUUUUAUUGAGAAGAACGUGGAGACAGUGGAGAAAGUUUGGCCAGCAUGCUGUCAGGUUGCACUUGGUCGCCGAAGAUUAUUGUUCUUCGUACCUAGUGAAAAAAUACUUCAGAUAUUGGCAGGAUUAUGUUACUGAGCAACAAAUCCUGUUAUGGGAAAAGGAGAAAGUAGCCGAGGAACACAAUGAAUGGCGAUUAAAGAAACUCGCGAUGGUCUACUGGAAAAAGUACAUACCAAUGUUGAGAUCAGAACGAGAAAAGGAAGUUAGGAGGGCGGAUUUGAGGAAAAGAGUCCACUCAUGGCUGCCUGAUUUUCAGUCGUUAACGGAAACAUCACCUUGAUCACUUCAAGAGCUCCACGUGAUCUCUCUCCAGACUUCCACAUCUUUGUUCACGCAAAGCCAGGACCAAGACUUUUUCCUGAUAGUCUGGCGGCGGGGCGCGAACUUGGAUUCAAAGUCUCGCUCGAAUUCUUUCUUUAAUUAACAAACAAUACAUCUCCAAAAAAAUAUAUCCAAGCGGUGUAAUCGUUCAUGAACGAAUGGGAGUAUUUAACUGUUCCUGUAGCCCUCAAAUUUUUAUUUGUUUAUGGUCUUACUGUUAAAUAUUAAAAAAUCGCGUUCUACUUUUG